AUGAGUCAGGAAAUUGUACUGGACUACGAAUAUAUUGGCUCACAUAUCAAAAAUUAUAUUAGAGAGGAUAAACUCUUCAGCACAUUUGAAGUGGAAGAUAUCGGAUCAAUUAUGAAAUUCGCGAAUCUAACACCUGAUGACUUCAAUUCUUUUCUUACGCAAUCUCAUUCCGUUAUCUCAGCACGUAAAUUGUAUACCGGCACUCGAAAUGCAAAUAUUUCAAUAAACAACAUACGAGAUGCCAUUUCAACACUUAAAUCAGUUCAAAAGUACAUGAAGAUGCGAAUCCUCGAAGGAAUUAUUGGCGUUUUAGAACAAUUACAAAAGGAUCAAUCCAGUACAACAAAUAAAAUCGAAAAACUUCAAGCAGAUUUAAAUCAGAUCCAAAAAGAAAAAGAAAACAUUGAGAAAGAGAUGCAAACUCUUCACUCUCAACCCAAAGCGAAAGAAGGAAACGAUUUACCAAAAGAAUUUCUUUCGAAAAUUUCCGAACUUAAAAAUUCCAAAAAUUUCUAUCAAAUCUACAAAUUCUUUGAAGAAAUUUCAGAAAAAGGAAAUCAAAAAAUGAUGCAAAAAGCAUGUGACGAAGAACUUUGGAAAAAACAAAAUGAUUUUGAUGGUAAAAAUGUACUUCAUUAUGCAUCUUCACAAGGAAAUCUGAGACUUGUUAAAUCUCUCAUUGAAUGUGGCUGUGACAAAGAAAUCAACAGCAAACGUGGUGGUGGUACAGCUCUAUCCUGGGCAUCAGAAAAAGGUAAACUUGAAGUUGUUAAAUACCUUGUUUCAGUUGGAGCUAACAAAGAAGCAAAGGAUCAUAAUGGAUAUACUCCACUCAUUCAGGCAUCAAUACUUGGUCAUCUUGAAGUUGUUCAAUAUCUUAUUUCAGCUGGAGCUGAUAAAGAAGCCAAGGAUAAUAAUGGAUAUACUCCACUCAUUCUGGCAUCAAUGAAUGGUAGACUUGAAGUUGUUAAAUAUCUUAUUUCAGCUGGAGCUAAUAAAGAAGCAAAGAAAUAUGAUGGACAUACUCCACUCAUUGAGGCAUGUUGGAAUGGUAAACUUGAAGUUGUUCAAUAUCUUAUCUCAGUUGGAGCUAAUAAAGACGCAAAGGAUAAUCAUGGAUAUACAACACUUUAUUAUUCGAAAGGAGCAAUAAGAGAAUAUUUAUUAUCAAUUGCAGGAAAAUAA